AUGAGUGGGGUGAGUGAACAAACACCUAGCAUGGACAGUUUCUUAUACCUCCAUCCGAGCGAGAAUCCAGCAAUUGCUCUUGUCUCCCCAGUUUUAGAUGCCAGUAACUAUCAUUCAUGGAGCAGAUCCAUGAUGACUGCCUUGAGUGCUAAGAAUAAGGUAGAGUUUGUGGAUGGAAGUGCCCCUGAACCACCCAAGACAGAUCAGAUGCAUGGUGCAUGGCGUCGCUGCAAUAAUAUGGUCGUCUCUUGGAUUUCUUCCGCUGAUCAUUCUCUCUUCCUCCGCUUCAGUGGUAACACAACUACAGCUCUUCUUGUCUAUGUUGAUGAUAUUGUUUUAACAGGGAACAAUCUUGACGAGAUACGCCACAUCACGAAUCUCCUUGAUCAAACUUUCAAAAUAAAAGACCUUGGCAAUUUGAAGUUCUUUCUUGGCAUUGAAGUUGCUCGGUCCCGUAGCGGCAUUCACCUCUGUCAACGAAAAUACACAUUAGAUAUGCUCUCUGAAUCCGGUAUGCUUGGUUCUCGUCCCACUUCAACUCCUAUGGAUUAUUCUACUCGUCUACAUGCCACCUCGGGUACCCCCUUAUCUGCUUCAUCUUCAUCUUCCUAUCGACGCUUAGUUGGACGCCUCAUCUACCUAACAAAUACGCGACCAGAUAUAUCCCAUGCUGUUCAACAAUUAAGCCAGUACAUGGCCAGCCCUACUACUGCUCACUCUCAAGCUGCAUUUCGCGUUCUCCGUUACCUCAAGGGCACCCCAGGUUCUGGUGUCUUUCUUUCUGCCACUGGCAAUCUUCAACUCAAAGCAUUCAGCGAUUCUGACUGGGCCGGAUGUAGUGAUUCUCGACGCUCAAUCACGGGUUUUUCCAUCUACCUUGGCGACUCUCUUAUUUCUUGGCGCUCGAAGAAACAAUCUACCGUCUCUCGCAGCUCCUCUGAAGCUGAGUAUCGAGCUCUAGCUUCAACAACGUGUGAACUCCAGUGGCUCACUUAUCUUCUUCAAGACAUUCAUGUGCCUUUUGUCCAGCCGGCUAUUCUUUAUUGUGAUAACCAAUCAGCGAUACAAAUAGCUUCUAAUCAAGUUUUUCACGAAAGAACUAAGCAUAUUGAAAUAGAUUGUCAUAUUGUCCGUGAGAAAGUUAACAGUGGCCUACUAAAAAUUUUGCCUAUUUCCUCUUCCAUGCAGCUCGCAGAUAUUUUUACUAAAGCUUUAUCUCCAUCCAUCUUCCAAGGCUUUUGUUCCAAGCUAGGAAUGAUGAAUAUACAUUCCCAGCUUGAGGGGGGCUCUCAACAGUAA